AUGGCAUCGGCCGGUACAUCGGGCAGCGCUGUAUCUACUGUGGGGAGCAUCGAGCCGGGAGUAUUGCUGCCUACUACUUCUACCAUUGCGACAUUCGCUGGGAGGUCCCUCCUGACGGGAUCAUGCACGUCUCCGCAGUUUGCUCUCGUCACGACUGGCGACGGCGGCUUCUUGGAGUAUCCAGUUAUCGGAUGUUCGAAUCUAAGUCCCGACUGUUGUCCAUUUGAUCUACGUGUCGGUGGGCAGCUCAGCCGUCUAAUAGGUGUUCAAUAUGGCAGUGGCUACUCUGUCUAUUCAUCACCAAUCGCAGGCGUCACUCAAUGCUUUACUACUCCUCUCCUCCCUUUAGUCCCGCCCGGCGCAACCAACAAUCCAUCAGUGAGUGUCAUCCGAACCCAGCUCUUUGCUCUCCAAUAUAGUGUCAUACCGAAGCACCAGGGCGCCGCCACCAACACUGGCUUAAUAGCCGGUGUCAUCGUAGGUGGUGUUGCCGCCCUCGCCGCCCUCGCAGGCGCUGCCUUCUUUCUGUUUCGGAAAAAGCGACAAAAGGCUGCACAAGCACGACAAAAGGAGCAAGACGAAGCCAUCGCUCAUCCGCAAGCGGCCGAGCUCGGCAAUGCGAGCCGACACGGCCUCGCAGACGAAAAUUACCAUACCCCCGUUACUCCUUACGCAGCUACUCAUUUCUCGGAGCUCGAGAGCCCUCAUAGUCCUCAGAGCGAGACUAUCCCGCCCACACCAACUUGGCGAGGUUUCCGGAGGGGGACGGGGACCCCGAAGGAGAAGCCCGGUACGCCAGUGGAGCCGCAGGAACCGAAGGAGUUACCGGGGGACUUCUCGCAUGCAUCAAGGGAUUUGGAGAAAGAUAACGAGGGUUUCAAGGAGGCAAGCCGGCAGACUUUCGCAGGGGACCCGUAUAAUGGUAGUUCGUAUGGAGGGGCAGGUACUGAAGAGAUUGAGAAGCCGGAUAUAGGAGAAAGUCCUGUUCUACCGCAGACGAAGCCUGGAAAGUGA